AUGGUCUCUCGAGUCCUCAGGCUUCUAGCUCUAUGCUCAGUCCCCCUCACGCAGGCCUUUGUUAUUCCCCACGAUAUCCAAGCCCUACUGAGCAGCGACGCAAGCGCUCACACUCUCGAAACAACCCCCGACAUCGAAACUCUCACUCGUCCCAACUGGUUCGAGUCAACUCUUCUAGCCCGACGACUCCUCGCAAAGUCCUCAUCAGGCGUGAUCUCAACCAUCUUCCCCUCCCCACCCCCACCAAACACCCGCUCCCCAACCUCAGUAGCAGGCCUUCCGAUCGGAUUGCGAGAAUACAUCGCAGACUGCGACUCCAGUCUCCCCUCCGACCUAUCCCACUCCGAUAACGGAGACCCAACGAUCCUCGCCCUCCGCGUCGCAACAACAUUCAAAAACAUCGGCGCAGGCUCAAAUCUCAGCCUCGAACUAGACUGGUGGGAACAUCUCGAAGAGGCAGUCCCUGUUUAUCCCGGUCUCCCACGGAGUCCAGCUGCACUUCCCCGUGUAACGUUAUUCGGAUACCUCGAGCCGCUCCCCGAGCUCUCGGCGCACAGUGCCGCCCAGCUGGAACGGUGUUUCCUUGAUUCUCAUCCCGAUGCGAAGGUGUGGUUACCUGGUGCGUCGAGGUCGCCUCAUUCUAGCUUUUGGGCGCGGAUGGUGGUCACUAGUGCGUAUUGGAUUGGUGGAUUUGGAGACGUGCAGCAGAUUGGAUGGAUUGAUAUUGAUGAGUGGAAGGGGAUUAGACCAUACGAGAGUGUUGGUGGUGUUGGGGAUGGACGGGGAUGGGAAGAUGUGCGACUUCCUGGCGAGAAGGAAUAG